AUGAGCACCACCACCACACAGAACUACCCGCCCAGCCUGUUUUCGCUGAACCCGGGUCAGACCGCCUAUGACACGGCUUCGACGGCUUCCUCGCCCAGGAAUUCCUCACCUUCGCCGAAGCUGUCCCCGGCCUCCACCCCUCCCAAACGAGCCCCCACCGACACCUCCGACUUCGGGUCGAGUUCAGGGAUCAACGGAAAGAACGAGUCGGAGGCCUCUUCACUCAGUUCCGAACGGGAUUCUGGAGAAGGAAGUCACACUUGUAGUCAUUCCUCCAACAUCCCCGACUACACCGUCCCUACCGUCCCUUUAGGGGCUAUGUUGCAUGGUACUGGGAUCCCGAAUCCAACGUAUCCAAUCUCGCCGCUUAGGUGGGCACCCCCAAAUAUGGCCCAUCCCCCACCUCCAGUGGUCGGAUGCGCUCCCUCCAACGUUCGCGUGCCUCCUCCUCCGUCCUAUUACACGAUGACGUGCCCUCAGGCGGCGGAGACUUCAUCCGGCUCUGCUUUGAGAGCUGCCAAUCCCGGAGCACUUGCGAAUGGUCCCGUAAAUAGUAAUAAUAACAAUCCAAGUAAUGCCUCCCAUCCCGCUUCUAAUUUGCCCAACGUCCCUACCCAAUCUGGCUCCCCGCCCUUAGGGCUUGUUGUCAAUUCAGUGCCUCCUCCAAUCAGUGGAGUCGCUGCGACGACUACCCAGGCUGACAAUGAGAUCUUUGUUCAUGUUCAACCCGGCGAAACCUUGAUCUUGUAUGUCGGAAACGAGCCCCAGAAUAUUGCGGGUAUGUAACAGUUUAAUUAUGAUAAUAUUUAAAAAGCAGGUUUCGCCUAAAUUUUGAUACGUUAAAAUCUAUUUUCUAGGCCCAGCCACCAUCCGCAUGGUGUGCCAGAAUGGACCGCCGACGGGUCCCCUCCCUCUACACGUACCCUUAGGCCAUUGUGUUCAACAAUUUCUGGAUGACAAGGGCAAUGUCAAGCAUAUCAUCUUAUCUCCGCAGAACAGCACCUCCAGUCGUGUUCCACCCACGGUAAGAGUGCUGUCGGAUGCUUAAAAGUCAUGGACAUCAUUUAUUUAUGUCUUUACGUUAUUCGUGAUUAUAUUGUCAUAAAAUGGGUCAUUUUCUCAUUUCAGGCCACCUACGCCAAUAUCAAGAACGGGACGUCAAGUGUGCGGCCGAAUUCGGUCAUUCCCAGCACAACUCCCACCACGAAUACUGUCAAGACGGCACUAACAACUACGACUUCGACCACAACCCAGAAUGCAGAGGGCUCAGAACAAUCGAGUAGGUCGUUUAAAAUAACAGUUUGAAUUUAAAAUUUGCUUUCGAAUUUUAAAUUGACCUUUAAUUAUACAGUUCAAGGCUUAACCAUAUUUUUCUGAAUUUUAGAAAGAAAAUUGUAAUGUAAACUAGGGUAGCGCGGAAAUAAUCAUAUUCGAAAUGCUUACUUUUAAUUGAUUUAAGGUUUCAACUCUCUGCUCCGCAAGAAGACCCAUCCCAAGAAGCCGAACGCGGUCGCCGGAACAUCACACGAGGCCAACGGCACUCUUCCUGAAAACGUAAUUAGCCGUUUAUUAUCUCCUCUUUCUCCUUCCAUUUCCUCAUAUGUCUAUAGCAUUUUGAGAGUAGUUUUUGGGGUCUUAUUAAUGUCAAGCACUUACACACAUCCUAUCUUUGCUGGGUUUAGGAUGCGAUUGAACGCUACGAAAGAGAGCGACUUCAAGAAUCGUUGAAUCGGGUUGUGCAGCCGACAGUGACCAGGGUCGGUGCCUUCGAUGUGGAUGUUCAUUGGCUCGAGUUUGACACAUCCGAGGCCACAUCUUCCGGAGGCCCCUUCCCGCACAUUGAUAGCAGUGAAUUUGAAUACGAACUCUUUUUGUACGAGAAUGCGCCAAAUGGGAGGGUAUUCGUAACCCAAACAAAAUGUCCACCAUUGUCCAAUCAUAAUGGUCUUAAUAUCAAAAAGUUAAAACCUCAGACCGAUUACAAUGUCUCGGUCAGAGCAUCGCUACCAGAACGACAGAUAUUUGGACGACAGAGUAGAACAGCUUCAUUUCGGACAUUACCUCCACCACCAGACCCACCGGUCAUGUUGAGAGCCACUUACCGGGGAAUCUACAACAUUUCCUUGGCUUGGAGUAACGCCGGAGGGUCUUAUGUUGCAAGCUACAUUCUUCAGAUGGCCAAGGUAUCAUUGAUCCCGGAUAUUGUCAUUUUGUUGUUUUGUGGUUGAUUGCUUUCAGUUUUUUAUAUCUCUGGUUGUCGUUUGGUCUUGAUAUUCAUAAUAUGUAAUUGUUUACAUUUACAUAAAGAUCAUUCUUUUUCAGGGGAAGAACGAGCCAUAUGAGACGGUUUACGAAGGUCCCUACGAUCAUGCUCGGAUUGCACAACUCGAGCCGGGUACCCAUUAUCGAGCGCGAGUAGCGGCCCAAAACGAGACUGGCCAAUCCGAGUUCAGCAAUACCCUGCAUGUGAAUACAAAUCCCCCACAGCCGCAGGUAUUGCCCACUACAUCUGCCAACUCCAACUACUACCAGCAGAGCAUUUAUCGACAGAGUAUGGGCGCAGGCGUCCAUCACAAUCCCCCUCCGUAUGUGCCCGUCAUCCCCAAGUUGCAACCGCCAACGGUGGUGUUUGUGUCAGCGCGUCAGGUCAAGCUGACUUGGCAAGUCAGCCCCGAGUUCGGCAAUGUCUUUGUAAGUAGAGCUUUUCUUUUGGAGUGAUAUGUUAACCCAUAAUUAUUAUUUAUGGUUGCUAUUUUAGCUCGAGAUUUCCGAUUCCCUUCGAGCCAAUCCUGCCUUUUCCCCGGUGCCCCAUGAGUCUUAUCAGCCAGCCAACAACACACCUUGUGCUCUCGUCUCAAACUUGAGAAGGUAAGAGUCUUUUCAGGAUGUCCAUCAUCUUCUUAAUAAUCUUGUUACUUUAUGAGUACUCUAAAUCUUUUCUUCAGCAAUCGCGAAUACCGGUUCCGCCUGAGCGGCCAAAUCCUGAACGGCGAAUUAAUUAAAUCCGAGGCUGUUUCCACACGGACUCACAAAGAUCGAUAUGAAAACUCUAAUUACUACGAACGAGAACGAGUACCCCCUCCCACAUUCCAGAAAGCCUUCGAAGACGAAAGUCAUGCUGUGGAAUUGGCCUGGAAACAUCAAAUCGGAGACUUUGAUGGUGUUAUCUUCUGCGUCGAAGGGACUGUAUCAUAUCAAAAAUACGAGAAUGGAGAGUACUGUGAGUACGAGUGGAAGGUGUGCUACAAAGGGCCCAACAACUACUGUACUAUCAACGAUCCUAGUCUCAAUUUGUUCAGGGUCCAAGCUCUCAAUCGAAGAGGUCAAUCUGUAAGUGCUGACAUAAUUCCUAUUAUGUGUAAUUAACACCAUUCGUACUGAAAAUGCUUUCCAAAAAUACUUCUAACCCACAAACAUUACUCACGAUUAGACUACAAACGCAGCAAGAGUGUUUAAUUAUGAUAAUGAGUGUCUGUUUGCAGAGUCCCUGGUCCGAACGCGCCUUUGUCAAGCGGAAGCCCAAACGCCAUGCAAAUUCGCAGAUGAUCCGUCAGAAUCAUAUCUAUGUCAAUCAGCAAUUGUACAACCAUGCCUCAACCUCGACCCCCAAAGUCGUCGCACCUACCCCGACCCCCAAACCUGAACCCAAAGAGGAGCCCGCGAAGGUCUUGGAGCCCGUCAAACCACCACAUUGCACUCAGCCUACCAUCAGUGACGUCACUCAGAAUAGUAUGAACAUCAGCUGGACAAUCAGCGAUGACUCACAGCUCCCUGAAAAGAAGGAAUCUCUUCUUUUCGAACUUCAACGGGUCGAUAAAGAACCUCCAGUGUUGGUAUAUUCGGGUGAUGAAACAAAAUUCAAUCUCGAGAAUUUGAGGCCGGUAGAACACGUUCAAUUGAGAGUAAGGAGUGUUAUUGUGGACAAUGAAGGUCAGAGGAUCAAGGGAGAAUGGAGUAGUAUUGUUUCUGCAUCUACUCCAUGCACUGUCACCUCUCCGCCUCAGAAUUUAAGGCUGAAGAACGAAGAGCAAGCAUUUAUUUUGAUCUGGGACGCUCCAGCUUUAACCAACGGGUCUGCUGUCAUCGAAUAUUGCGUAAACUCGGCCAAUUUCCCUGAAGGGCAUUCGGAUAAGAACAUCAGACUGCAACAGUUGUGCAAUACUGACAAGACCGAGCUUGUGUUGGAAGAUCUAAUCCCAGCUCGAGUUUAUUUCUUCAACGUUGUCUCUCGAAAUGAAGCCGGCCCUUCUGAACCCUCAAAUGUGUUUGAGUUGACCAGCCCCGCCGUUGUUCCAAGUACUCCUCAGCAAGUUGAAGUCAAAGCUUUGGCCUUGGAGAGUUUGUCUGUGACAUGGCUUCCAGCGAUGAAGAAUGGAGCUGAAAUUGAAGAAUAUAAGGUGGUAUUGCACCAGGAGAAGGUUCUCUGUUCUCAACAGAUUGUGACAGGUGAUGUUUUGGAAUGGACAUUCGACGGGCUGAAACCGUGCACUGAGUACAGGUAGGCAAAUAUUUUGGAACUUGUUUAGUCAUCAGUUUACACAACCUUAUCUUUUACUUUUUAGUAUUGAAGUCAGUGCCCGGAACAGUGUCGGAUGGGGAAAGCCAGCCUCCAAACUCGGUCUAACCAUGGAUAUUCCACCAGAACCUCCAGUCUUAUCUGCUGCUCAAAUUGCUUUUAAUUCUUUGAAAUUGAAAUGGACGACCGGAGCCAGCACCUCCGAUAAUUUGGAGACCCUGUACUUUUAUCUGGAGAAGGAGUCCGAGAAUGGAAAGUUUAUGGCCGUAUAUGAAGGAGAGAAUCGAACAGCUAAAGUCCGCGGUCUUAAGGAAGCUUCAAGUCAUCGCUUUAGAAUCCGGGCUUCCCAUGUUCGAGGACAACCUUUAUUGGCUGGAAAAUGGUCCAAAAUCUACUCUUUCCAAACCAGUGCAUUGCCCCCGGCAUCCAUCAAGAAUGCUCCCACUGUAACCGAGGCCGGCAAUAAUGUCUAUCAGAUGGAAUGGCAACCUUAUAAGUCGUUGAAUGGAGCCGAAGAAAACGUCUGUUACAAAUUGCAAGUGGCUCUCAAGUCCUCAAAAGGAAAUGAAGGAUGGAAAACGAUCUAUCAAGGAACCUCCACGGCUUUCACUUGGACAGUUUCUCCCGCUCAAGCAACAUUUACUGGAACGAGGCAAGCCCGAGUGUUGGUGGUGCAGAAUAAAGAUGGAGAAGAAGUGCAUUCCCUUCCGUCGCCUGUCGCUCUUUUCAGCAGUAACCGAAGUCCAUCAGAUUCGCCGAGAAAACGACCAGUCAAGUCGACCAGUGGAACAUCAACUCCUGCUUCAACAAGUUCAACAAGGACGAGGUUAAAUGGAUCGACUCCGAGGAUUGGACCCCCAGUCAAACUGAGUCUUUACAAACGACUAAAACGGUCGAUAACUUGUUUCAAACGGUCGAUUACAGAUAGUGACUGGUUGAUUGUUGUUAUGGUAAGUCUGAUUUUUAUUUUUAUACGAUUAUUUACAUUAUGAUAAUUGUCACCCUUUAAUCACAUUUUUUCAGACGGUCUUUGUUGUUGUGGCCUUGCUGAUCGCCGUGCUUGUCAACUCCUACUACGAGAAAUAG